AUGCGGCACGACUUCAGUCUCCUCCCUCUCCUCUUCAUCACGUUCUUCUUCUUCUACUACUUCAUUCAGCAUUGCUUAUGCGAGAAGAAAUCUAGUAGAGAGCCUCCGACGAAAAUAAGCUUCUUCGAAAUGGUCAAGAACAAAGAUCGGAUCCUGGAGUGGACAACGAAGCUGGUGCUGGCGAGCCCAACCAACACCAUCACCAUGCCUUCCACUGUUAUCACCAGCAACCCCAAGAACAUCGAGCACAUCCUCAAGACCAACUUCCGCAACUACCCCAAAGGCGACGACUUCAUCGCCAUGUUCGCGGAAUUGCUCGGCCAUGGCAUCAUCAACUCCGAUGGCGACCACUGGAAGCUCCAGCGGAAGGCUGCCAGCCGCGAGUUCAAUACCAAGAACAUCCGCACCAUCAUCUUGGACAAGGUCGGCAGCGAGGUCGCCGACCGCCUUCUCCUCCUCCUCUCAAAGGCCGCGGCCACGGGCGCGUCCCUCGACCCUCCAUGA